AUGUCAUUAGUUAAAAAAGAGCCAGGUUCUACCACAGAGUCAUCUUGUUGGUCUUCUGGUGGAACGUCAGAUAAAUCUGCUCAAAAUAAUCAGCCAAACAAUAGCCGCCCACCUUUAAAGCAAAAGACAGAAAACGUUCCCACUUCUACAGCCAUUGAUAGUGAUUCCAAAAAAAAUAUCUUAUCGAAAUACAUGCUCAGUCCUCAUAAUGCACAUACCAAUGCGGUCAAGAAAGAGCCUGGUUCAUCUACUGAUCAAGAUUCGCCGUUGAGAAUAAGGGCCAACCCAGCCAAAAAGAAAAUUGGUAAACCAGUUCAUACAGAAAAAGAGAUGGCAAAGAAACAAGCUUUGAUGAAAGAGCAAGGAUUACAAUCAGCAAGCUCUUCUUUCAAUUUGCAAUUAAUUGAUCCGAAAGCUGUCAGAGGGCUUGCUAAUGAAAGUGAUAACUUCAGUCCUGAUAGGGGCAAACAAAACAGAAAUGUCAAUGAAAUACCGAAAAACCCUGGUAAGUACGAAAAAUUGAACCUGAGGCUAAAUGAAACUGACGGUACUGAAAGCGCUAAAUACUACGAUGAAGUAUUUUCAGAAGCUGAAUGGAAGCAAGAGUGCAUCGAUUUGGCAACAUAUGAUAUAUCGCAAUGGAUACUUAAAGGUCAAGAUAUAUUGAAGGAACAGCAUGCACUCAUGUGUAGGAUGGUACAAGCAAGAAUAAAGUUAUCACAUCGUUUUCAAGUUAUAUCAGACAUCAUCAAUGAACGGGCGGAACUCUUAAUCCAGCAGGGCGAGAUUUUAGAUGCAAAACUCACCAAAGUACAGGAUCUUGGGAAGGAAAUCCUGGAUUUAUUGUAG